AUGAUGGCUGAACUAACCAAUGAAGAGGCCAUAGAGUUUUUAAAGCAAGCAUUAAAUGAGGCCGAAAAAAGCUUGAAAGUAGAGACAAAAGAAAUGCCUAUAUUUUGUUUACUGAUAAAUGAGGAAAAGCAAAUAGUAUCAAGUUCUUAUAAUUACACAAAUGAAGCAAAAAAUGGGUGUAGGCAUUGUGAAAUAAUAGCUAUAGAUAAAUAUAUUUAUGGAAAAAAUUAUGAGCAAAUGAAAAACAAAAAUUUAAUAAAAUGCUUUAAUAAUAAAAAUAAUGAUAUAAACAAAUCUUUAUCCAAUUAUUUUGCUGGCCUUGAAAAAUCGGAUAAGGAAUUUGUGGAUAGUGAGGAAAAUACAAACAGUAAUAAAGAAGGCUGUGUAAAAUUUGAAGAAAGACAAAAAGAAAUAGCAGACAAAAUUGAUAAAUUAAAAAAGUUUAGUAUUGUUGUUACAUGUGAACCCUGCAUAAUGUGUGUAUAUGCCUUGAAGUUAGUCGGAAUAAAAAAUAUUUAUUUUUGCUGCUUAAACGAGCGAUUUGGAGGCUGUGGAUCUGUACUUUCGCUACAUGAAAUGUAUAACAAUAUGAAUGUACAUUAUAUAGAAUGUAAGGACUGUACAAAUAGGAGCAUUAAUCUUAUGAAGUUAUUUUACAAAGCUGGAAAUCCAUCAGCCCCUGAUGAAAAAAGAAAAAGGCCUUUGAUUGAGAUUUCCCUUGAAUAG